UGCGAAUCGUUGGUGUUCAUUCGGAACACUUUUUAUCGUGAUUUUUUUUAGUUUGUUCCGACUCAAAACAGACACUUUUUGCAAGUGCCAACAAUCGAAGUAAUUGAACAAUGGGAGCUGUCCACGGAGUGUACCUAAAAUAUGUUGGCCUUUCAGCCCUCUCGUUCAUGGGCUACAACAUGCUGGAUCCCGAUGGCAGAUCUUCGGAUGGAUCUACCAUCUCUGCGACAUCGCCGGCAUCGGUAGAAGAUAGGGCCACUCAUCAAGCCUUGGUGAUGGGCAUGAUUCCCCGCCUUGUCUUGGGAUACUCUGCUGUGAUUAAUGGUGUCAUUGCUAUAUUGUUCAAAUCUGAACGAGGAAUGCGAAUUAUAGGCAAAGACCAAACAAAAGGGAAGAUUCCACUUUGGAGUUACCUGGUAUUUUUUCCCUUUCAUUUGCCUACCAUUUUGUAUACGCAUGUGCAUACUUUAACUGGCAAAUCUCACAACCCACCCGUGCCUGUUGCUACCGAAGUUCAGCCUGGAUGGUGGGUAGGGGGAUGCUAUGGACACGAACUCAACAUGGAUUGGGGGGGUGUCGUCGAUUUGACGGUAGAAUUUCCGGAAUCCUGCAGGAACCGCACAAAAUCUUAUCUGAGUGCUCCGACCUGGGAUGGGGUGCCUCUGAAUCCGGCCGGUCUCGAGGCGGCGGCUACCUUUGCUGUGGAAGCCAGAAAGAGCGGACAUGUGAUGGUGCAUUGUGCUCAUGGACGGGGUCGAUCUACGACGGUCAUGUGUGCGUGCUUAGUUAAGGCCGGUCUCUUCGAUAACUGGAAAGACGCCUUUGAAAAGGGAAUCAAGCCGCAAAGACCCGUCUGCAAACUUAACAAACGGAUGCGAGAAAACCUCGAAGCUUGGCAGAAAGAAUAUGUGGAUAGCAAGAAGUCGAUAUGAACAGAAAUACCAUAAAAUCUAUUGUCGAGUACCGUUCUCGAGCAAGAAAUGGUACUSGAAUACUACCACGUUGUUUUGAAAACAAGAAUACAGAAGCGCGAGAGGUCGUGAUACUCGUGGCUGCGAUGACUAUUAAUCUUUUGAAUAGAAAACAAAAUCUGUA